UAAUUGCUAAUGUUGUUUUCUUAUAUUGAAGGUAUAUUGAUAUCUUUAAAUAUUUGGACAAGUCAUCUUUUUAUACAAUGUCUAUUAUUAAUAAUAAUUGGAAAGAAUUUUUACACCAAAAACUUUUACAUAAUAAUCUUAUCGAUGGAGUAGCUAUGUUUACCAAGACACUUGUUCCGUUAGAAAUGUAUGGUAAACUUCAAAACCUUCCAAUCAACCAACUGGAGCAAUUUUUGAAUAUUUUCACUAAUAUUAAGUCUCAACCUGAAAAUGUAGCACAUGGUUUUACUAUUGAUAUAAAUUUACAAGAAGUAAAGUUUGUUAUAAGACAUUAUAAUUUUCAUAGCGUUUAUUCAGUAUCGAAAGCUAAUCAAAUGGGACUAAUUGUGAUAAAUUUACCUUUUGGUGUAAUUGUAUCAUCGCAUACUUAUCCAGUUACAUCAGCUGUUGCUUCUCAGCAUGUUGAAGAUGUUUGUUACUUACUUAGGUAGUAAUCAGAUUUCGAAUCAUAUGAUUGAAAAAAAAAUUGAAAAAUUUA